AUGUAUUAUAUUUUACUCUUGGUUUUAUCUCUGAAUUUCGUUGUUUUUGCAUCGCCUGGCGAUAGACAUUACCUCUAUCGAGCAUGUCUAAAUCAUUGCCAACAAAUGAAUUGUAGUACGCCGUUAGGUCUGCAGGAAUUUCAAGUUAAACAGCCACUGUUCGAAUAUCUCACCCAAUGGUCAUGUCCAGAUGAAUGUGCCUAUGAAUGUAUGUGGAAAACUGUUGAUCACAUGCAAGCAAACGGUCAGCCCGUUGUACAAUUUCAUGGCAAAUGGCCGUUUGCACGUUUUCUUGGUAUCCAAGAACCAGCUUCGACAUUCUUCUCGAUUUUCAAUUUCCUAGCAAACUAUCUAUUUGGUUAUGAACAGCUACGUCGUCAUCUCCGCUACGGCAUUCAUCCACUCUAUUCCAUGUGGAUCAUUUUCUGUUUAAUAUCGAUGAACGCCUGGAUUUGGUCGACCAUCUUUCACACACGUGAUAAACCUCUAACAGAAACGCUGGAUUAUAUCGCUGCAAUAUCCCUUGUCUUUGCACAAUUCGUAUGUUGUAUUAUUCGCGUUGGCUACCGAACGAGAUUUAUGCCCGCUGCUAAAAUAGCAUCAUUGUUCGUAUUCUGCUUCUUUCUUUAUCAUGCCUACUAUUUACUAUUCGUUGAUAUGGAUUUUGGCUAUAAUAUGACUGUGAAUAUUCUUGUUGGCCUACUCAAUGUGAUCUGCUGGAUUUUAUGGGCAAUAUACAAUUAUGGGUUAGGCAAAACUUAUGUGUGGCGUUGUAUAUUAUCUGUGUCAUUAACAAUGGUUUUUGUUGCUUUUGAGUUAGCUGAUUUUCCGCCAAUUGCUUGGACAAUCGAUGCCCAUUCGAUUUGGCAUUUUUCAACGAUUUUCCUACCUAUUCUAUGGUAUCGUUUUGUUGUCGAUGACUCACGAUAUCUACUUCUUCAUACUCGAUAA